UCGCUAAAAAAAGCUGUGAUUUUUUUUCAACAAAUUUUUUUUCCAUUGUUUGAUAAUUGACACCGGUAAGAGUCUAUUGUUUUUUUCUCCUGCGUUUUAAUUGAAACAAAAUAUCUCUAUUCUCGUUUAUUUACAGUUGGUUACCGGCUUGCAACAACAAAAAAUUUUCUUGACUUUCGUUUCGUAAUUUUUUUUUUUUGCAACUUUAACUUGACAUCCACCGACACACACACACACUAAUGUAAAGCUUCCUCAUUCUUGAGCUAGUUAUAAUAUAGGUAAACUCGAUUGAUGCUAUUCGAGAAGCUACCGACGACGAUGAUGAUGAUGAUGAUGAUGAUGACCUAGCCGAACUAUCGAUAUACAGCCACACGAUAUUAUCGAUGAUAAACAUGAUGAAUAAAUGAAUGUGACUACUAGAGCUGGACUGGUUGUCCAGGCAAUCACGGUCAACUUUAGUAUGAGAACAGUCGCCGGAUAACCUAAUCAAUUUGAGCAGGUUGAACAUCAUCAUCGAGUAUUUUUGUUAAAUUUUGUUCGACUUGUCCCUCUCAACAUGAUGAUUGAUUGGCCCCGACACAACACAGACAAACAAACAAACAAAACAGGUCGGUCUUUUUCUGAAUGACCAUUGUGAGCAUUAUGGUGAACCCAUUUCGGACAAUGCCACGAUUAAGGUCGAUUUCGAGCAACGAACCGAAAACUAAAUCUGAUUGGCGCUAUAUCGAUCGGUUGGCCCAUUUAUAGCAGUCGAACGUAUCGAAUUUGUGUCAAUGAUAGCCAUCAUUGUACUACUAUUGAUGGCCGGCAUCCGGUCAUUCGUCCAUCGACCUUUUUAUAAACUGAAUCUAGAAGAUUUUCGUCUUAGCUGAUUGAGCAAGCAUAAUGUGGCUCAUUUCCAUUGUUCGAGGGCCAAUUACCUGAAACAAUUGAUGAUUGGAUUGUUCAUCGAAAUCGAAUGGCCUCAGGUUAAUUGCUUUCUAUAAUUGCCGUGAUUGGCCCCAAAAACAACCAAUUGUGGCUACCGGAUCAUGUGAAGCGGAAAAUUGUUCAUCAUCCGAUGUGAUAAACAGCUAGCCAGGCUUUGUCCGAUCCGAUUAGAUCGAUUCGUCCAGAGCAAUCAACGAUGCCUUCUUUUCAGCCAAAAAACAUUUGUGCCAAGCACAGUGCUCUCUGGUCGAUUGCUGGUCGAACCAAACCUGAAGCCAAAAACUGGAUUCUCCAACUACCAUUUGAUACCAAUGACCAGUACUCUACCACUCAACUUUAGAAAGAGAGAAAGAGAAGCAAGGACAUUAUGUGUAUGUGUGUAUGUGAGAGAGAGAGAGGGAGCGAAGAUUGUGAAAAAAGAUUGGUUAGUGAUCUAAGAUUGUAGAAUAAAGAGAGAGAGAAUCGAGAAAAUUAAAAAAGCACUAGCACUUAUCAAAGUUGAAAUCGAUGGCCAUCGAACAUCAGUCGCCACCAUUGUUUGUUCAGAUUAUUUGCAAGAAGUAACCAACCGUAUCGUAACACACACAAAAAAAAACCAUAACACUUGCUAUACGUGCGCGUGUGGUUAAUUCCAAAAGCUUGAAAAAAAUUUCAAAUUCUGACCGUCAUUUUGGGCCAUUGGGCACAGGCACCAAAUCAACCCAAUCAUCAACUUUGCUGCGAUUGCAUAUGUGUGUGUGUGUGUGUGUAUGUGAGCGUGUGUAACACUAGCGGGCUUAUGAAAUUUCAUAUUGGUGUAACCAUAGUGUUCAUCAUAGUGUUCUCUUCUCCACUCUCUCUCUCUCUCUCUCGCUCUUUGUAUGUGUGUGUGUUUCCGUUAUUGAUGAAAGUUACCAUUGAUGAAAAGGAUCGAUCUGAUAAUAACGAAAAAAAAAAUCUGAGCUACCAACCAAUCGACUGGACAUUGAAUGACCUGUGCUCGACACGACAACAGCCAUCAAAAUAGAAGACCAAUAAAAUCGAAAAUCAGUUUGUUCGUUCGUUCUCAAUUUGUAGAUCGAUUCGAUUCAUUUGCCCUUGCCAAAAAUGAAACAGAUGCAUUCAAUGGUGAUGGCCACCCUGAUAGCUGUCGCUAUCAUUACGCUGACCACAGAUCAUAUUAGUGCUGAUCAAUUUGUUCGUAAUAAACGUGGCCUUUCUGAUUUCUUCAAACGAUUCUGGAAUAUUCGCAAAAAAGUCAAUUACAUGCCAUAUCAGCAACAAUCGUCUAUAUAUCCUAAUUCUAUGAAUCAGGACUACGUGUUGCCUCAAGCCUCUAACUAUUAUCCAAUCUAUCAGCUUAGCCAAUCAGGAAAUCAGUAUGGCCAAUAUGAACCCCAAAUGUACGGUGAGUCUUCUUCGGUGAACAAUGCAAAUCAGAUAGACUACCAGGAAUAUCCGUUGCGUCAGCCAACGAACAAUUACUAUCCAUCUUCAUCGAAUCAAUAUCAACAUCAACAUCAGCCUGAUUAUCAGAGAGGCAAUCCGAAUAACAAUGGCUAUCAAAAUUCGCAGGCUAUUCAGCCAGAUGAAUCGGUUCAAAAGGCUAGCUACUAUUAUCCGAACCAAGGUGGUCAAAUCGGUACAUCGCCUUACACAUUCCACGCGAAUCCUAGCCAGGCGAACACGUUCAACAGUAAACCGUACGGUAAUCAGCCAGGUACGCUGGAUGUGCAUCAAGUUCUUGAUCAGUUUAUUCGCUCAGCUGGUCUCAGUCCUCAUGGCGACCACGAGAAUGCCAACAAAGAUCGAGCAUACAAUGAUGACCAAGCACUCUCUGUCAAAAAGUUAUACUCAUAUCCGUUUUAUUUUUCUUCAUCCGGUGAUCGACCUUAUACGAUUCGUCGACAAUCAAUGGACGAAGAUGAACAGCCAAUGGAUACCGUUCAACGGGUGGUGAGUAAACCGGCAGUCAAAAUGGAACCCGUUAGUAGUAAAAAAAACCAAGCUGUCCAAACUCUUACGGUCAAUGAUGUGAUGGCUGAUAUAGUGCUCGAUGAUGAAAGAUCGUUUAUAGCAAAAAAUGCAGCUGCUUUACAGGAUUUCUUGGCCAACAAACGAACACCACAGAAUACCAGCACUAGCACUAGUGAUGCAAAGGCCGAUAAUUAGAGAUGAAACACAAAUCAAUGUGUGAUGGUAAUGGGAGAUGGCUCAACAAGGCAACAACACCAAACGCAGCUGAUUCGAAAUUCUGACCACUAAAUUAUUCACAUUCAAUGUUGCACUAUUUUGUUGUUCGAUUCGAUUCUCAUCAUAAAUAUGGAACUCACACUCUAAACAAGAAACACACACAAAACACAGCAACCAGUAUUUUUUUUUUAUUCAUGCUACAAUCAUCAUAGAUUUUACAACAACAAGACAUGACCAAAUGAUGUUAGGUUACAACAAACAAACAAUCAACAAAUUUCCUCGUAUUUUAUAUAUUCAAAUUUUGUUUAAUAAAAAAAAAAUUUCACGUAAAAAAAAUUUAAGCCCGGUUCAAUCGACAGAUGGCAUUGGGAACAACAUAUAUCUAAUAUUUACCAAGUUUUUCUCUCUCAACUUUGUAUUCAUCAUUAUCGACGAUCGAUUAGUAUUGUAUUUCUAUUUCGAUUUUGAUAUCUCCAUAUGGUUAAUGAAUGUCAGAUGAUUUAAACUAUAC